AUGACUGGAAAUACAUUUGUGGACUACGAAUCUACGAUACAUAUGGAACAUGUUAAUAUUCCCUAUGACAAACCGUGCAUCAUUUUAGAAGGAUCUGACAGAAAAACCACAACAAUUACUUAUGGUGAUGAGAAUAUUGCAACACCAACAUUCUUUUCAUUUCCACCUAAUGUGAUUUUGAGUGGUAUUACAUUUGAGAAUACAUUUGGAAAUAGCGAACCAGCAGUAGCUGCUAUUAUAAAUGGUGAUAAAUCUGCUGUAUUUAACUGUGGUUUCUUAGGUUAUCAAGAUACUUUGUUUGAUGCAAUGGGACGUCAUUAUUAUAAAAAUUGUUAUAUUCAAGGUGAAGUUGAUUUCAUUUUUGGUGAAGCCCAGUCUUAUUUUGAGGAAUGUGUGAUAAAUGCAACACAAGAUAGUUCUAAACCUCCAGGUUUUAUCACAGCACAACGUAGGAAUUCAUCAACCGAACCAUCUGGUUUUGUUUUUAGAGGAGGAGAAGUUACUGGGAUUGGUAAAGUGAAUUUAGGAAGAGCAUAUGGCCCUUAUUCAAGAGUUAUAUUUUGGGAAACAUACCUUUCUUCAGUGGUACUUUCAGGAGGAUGGGAUCCUUGGAAAUAUGGAGGCCAUGAAAAGAACUUCAUCUAUGCUGAAGUGGAUUGUACUGGACCAGGAUCUAAUACUCAAGGGCGUGUACCAUGGGAGAAGAAGCCGAAUGAAAUAAAUAUAAAUGAUUAUUCUUUAUCAUCUUUCAUAAAUGAAGAUAGAUGGCUUAACAAUAUACCAACUAUACAGAAAAAGGAUUAUUCUUGA